ACUGUACUUGCCAGUUGCCAGUAAGUUGCCUUAUAUUUAUUUUUCCUGAAUUAUGUAUUUUGUUUAAAUUUCGUCUAUUUUUGUUUUAACUUAAUUUUGUUAAGUGGUCUAUGUAAUAAAUAACUAGGAAAUCACAGAUCGAUAUUAUAAAUAUUGCAGGUGUGCUGGUGCGUUAUUCAAAUUUUACAUCAAUAUACCCAUGCUUUUGUUUUUACUUUGAUUUUUACUAUGUUUGGUUCAUUUAGUUCUGUUUACAUUAGUGUUUUAAUUCAUUCAAUCUAUAGUUUUGAAAGUUCAUAGUUUUUCGUAAUUUAUUUUCAAUAAGUUUGUAACAGUUUGUUAAAAAUGAGCGAAAACUCCGAAAAUAAGGAAAUGAAGACGUCUGGUUUACGACCACCAACCAAAAUUCCCACAAUGGGAGUGUCGAGGUUACCCAGUUCAUCUUCCAUCAAACUUGAUGGAGUAAGCUCUAAUGCUACCAGAUUAGACGGAGGUUCAAGCGUUAAAAAAACUGCUGAUAUGGCGUAUGUUAGCAAAAACAAUGGUUUUAAUAAAAAGCCGACAGAUGAGCGCAAAUCAUCAAGCGGUUCAGAUUCUUUCAUAGGAGAUGCACGUAGACUAAGUGAAGCUGGUGUAAGACGUAGUUCAGGAAACAGUGUUGUUCUUACAGAAGAUACGGAUAAAUUUAUCAUCGGCAAUCGAAUUUGGGUGGGAGGAACUAAACCUGGCCAAAUUGCCUAUAUAGGUGAAACUAAUUUUGGAAAUGGGGAUUGGGCUGGUGUAGUACUUGACGAACCAAUUGGUAAAAAUGAUGGGUCUGUAAGUGGAACAAGAUAUUUUCAAUGUGAACCAAAGAAAGGCAUAUUUGCUCGUCUGACUAACCUUACAUCUGCUCCUUUGAAUUCUGUUGAAGAUUCUAUGGUUCAAAGUUCAUUUGCUGCAACUAAACCAUUAGGAUUUUCAACUCCUAUGCCUAAACGGCAAGGUUCUACUGUAACAGCUACUAAAGCUGCCCCAAAAAGUAUUAGUCAAACACCUAUAGUUAAAAGCAGCAGUGACUUAAAAAUUGGCGAUCGUGUAAUUAUUAGCAGUGGGCAAGGGUCUAAAUUAGGAAUUUUGAGGUAUCGUGGUGCAACUCAAUUUGCACCAGGAGAAUGGUGUGGCAUUGAAUUAGAUGAUCCUCUUGGAAAAAAUAAUGGAACGGUGGAAGGAAUUAAAUAUUUUGAAUGUGAAGAUAAAUUUGGCUUAUUUACUCCCAUUGCUAAGGUUUCCAAAUCACCAAUGUCUGCCAGUCGAAUGUCGACCAAUUGUGCUAUUCACAAGACAAAGCGUUCACCAGGUUCUAUGAAUGGAUCUAUGGUCAGUGGUAUUACUACAACCACUAUGUCAUCAAUACCAACUCGGCCAUUGAAAGUAUCAGAUAUGGAUCGAUUGAAAUUGCAAUUAACUCAAAUGAAAAAUGAAAAUGAACUCCUUCGUUCACAAGUUAUUAAAGCAGCUAAUCAAGCUGAUGAAGCUGAAAAAAGAUUGGAAGAAACGUUAAAAGCUCAGUCUGAACAACCUUCAGAAACUCAAGUCAAUGGUAUAAUAAUGCUACAAAAUCAAUUAGAAAAUAUAAAAAAACAAAUAGAUGACGAAAAAGAAAAAGUUCAAAAUUUACAGUUUACCAAUGAAGAACAAAAUGUUGUCAAUAUUGAAUUACAAAAUAAAAAUGCUGAACUUUUAAUAAAAAUUAAAGAAUUAGAGUUAGAUUUGGGUAAAGAACGAAAUUUAGCUAAAGAUGUAGAAAAAGAGAAAAUGAAAAUUUUUGAAAAAGAAGAAGAAUUAUGUAGAGUUAAAGAAGAGUUAGAAACUCUGAAAAAAUUAAUAGACAACAAUGAAGAUGAAUUACAAAAAUCAGUGUCUAAUUUAAGUUCAGAAGUAGUUGAUAAAGAAGCAAUUUUAAUUACAUUGCGUCAAACAUUGAAUGAAAAUUCUCAAAAUUACGACCGUUUAUUAAAAGAAGCGAAUGAAAAUUUAUCUGCUACUACAGAACGGCUAACCAAAAUAAUAGAAGAAAAAGAAAAAAAAAUCGAACAGAAUCAAGAGAUGAUUGACCAAUUAAAUGAAGGUAUAAAAUGUUUGAGUGCAUUAAAGAAUGAAGAACAUGAUGAUAUUGUAAAUAAUUUAAAAAAUGAGUUAUCAAAAUUAAAAAAUGAAUACAAAAUAAUCAUUGACGAAAAAGAACGAGAUAUCAAAAUAACUGAAGAAAAUCAUAUCAAAAUUGAAAAUGAACUCAAACAAGAAUUAAAAAUCUUAUCAGAAAAUAAAAACCAAGAAAUUCAAGAACUUAAACAAAAUAAUCUUGAAAAACUUGAAAAACUUGAAAAUGUUAACCAAAAUAUAAAUGUGGAAUUAAAAGCAGCAUUAAAAUCUGUACAAGAUCAAACAACUAAUAUAGCCAAUUUAGAGAAAAAAUAUAGCGAUUUAGAACUUCAACAAGAUUUAAAUAAAAAUGAAUUAGAAAAGGAACUUACUACAAAACUACAAACACACUACAAAUCUAUUGAAAAUGAAUUAACAUCUUUAAAAUCUGAAAAAUCUAUGUUAGAAGAAAAACAUGAAAAUUAUGUGAAAGAAACAGAAAAUGCAACAAACGUCUUAGAAAAUAAUUUGAAACAAAAUAAUAUUUUAAUAGAAAAUCUUAAUAAAUCAUUAAAUGAGUUAACUUUAUCAAAACAAAAUGAAUUAGAUUCUUUGAAAAAACAAAUAUUGCAGUUAGAAGGAGACCGAGAUAAUUUAUUAAAAUGCCAAAGUUCAGAAUUAGCUACUAAAGAUGAACUAAUAAAUACCCUAUCCAAUAAACUUGAACUGACAUUAACAGAAAAACAAAAACAAGAUUUAAGUAAUGCUAAUUUACAGACUGAAUUAACAAAUGAAACUUUAAAGUAUCAAACGACUAUUAAAGAUUUACAAAACAAAAUAAAUGAAUUAGAAUCAAAUAUUGCUUCAAAUUGUGAAUCAUUUAAAUCAGAAUUAGAAUUAUUAAAUAAUGAAAAAGUAGCAAGCAUGUCAGAAAAUUUGAAUCUUUUAGAAAAAUUAAAGUCUUUGGAAAAUUCAAAGAAAAAUCUUGAAGAAAAAUUAGUUUCAAAUGAAAAAUGCAUACAGGAUAUUCAAAAUUUAAAUGACGUAAUAGAAGAAAAAAAUAAAAUUAUAGAUGAUAAUCAAAAAAAAAUUAAGCAAUUAGAUAAUUUUGUUACACAGACCAAAAAUGAAUAUGACGUUAUUCUAAAAGAAAAAGAAAAAGAAAUUAAGGAAUUGUUAAAAAUUGGAGAAGAGAAGAUGGAAGUAGAAAAGUUGUCAUUAGAAGAAAAAACUAAAGUUAUAUUAAAUAAAAAAGACGAAGAAAAUUUAAUACUCAACAAAAAAAUUGUAGAUUUAGAAAAUAUGAAAAGAGAUUUAGAAGAACAAUUAGAAAUUUGUAAAUCGCAGGAACAAGAUUUAAAACAAUUAAAUGAAAUAAUUCAAGAUAAAAUUAAAACUAUUAAGGAUAACGAUUUAAAGAUUGAAGAGCUGAAUAGUUUAAUUAAUCUAACCAAAAAUGAGUUUGAAAGCAAAUUACAGUUAAAGGAAGUUGAAAUCAAAGAGUUAUUGAAAAAUGAAGAGGAGAAAUUAGUCAUUGAAAAGAAGCAAAUAGAAAAACAAAAUACAGUAAUGUUGGAUGAAAAAAAUAAAGAAAUUUCCAAUUUAAUGGAAAAACUUAAUAUUUUAGAGAACUCUAAAACAGGUGUAGAGCAACAAUUAAUUGAAAACAGCAAAAAACAAGAGAGUAUGAUAGCUGAACUAAAAUUAUCAAUUGAAGAAAAAACCAAACUAAUUAAUGAAAAUAAUUCAAACAUUGAACAGUUAAACAGUAUAAUUGCUCAGUGUAAAGAAGGGUAUAAUUCAGAGUUAAAAGAAAAAGAAGACAAAAUUAAUGAGCUUAUAAAAGUUGGGGAAGAGAAAUUAACCAUCGAAAAAAAACAAAUAGAAGAACAAAAUAAAGUAAUGUUGGAAGAAAAAAAUAAAGAAAUUUCCAAUUUAAUGGAAAAACUUAAUAUUUUAGAGAACUCUAAAACAAGUGUCGAGCAACAAUUAAUUGAAAACAGCAAAAAACAAGAGAGUAUGAUAGCUGAACUAAAAUUAUCAAUUGAAGAAAAAACCAAACUAAUUAAUGAAAAUAAUUCAAACAUUGAACAGUUAAAUAGUAUAAUUGCUCAGUGUAAAGAAGGGUAUAAUUCAGAGUUAAAAGAAAAAGAAGACAAAAUUAAUGAGCUUAUAAAAGUUGGGGAAGAGAAAUUAACCAUCGAAAAAAAACAAAUAGAAGAACAAAAUAAAGUAAUGUUGGAAGAAAAAAAUAAAGAAAUUUCCAAUUUAAUGGAAAAACUUAAUAUUUUAGAGAACUCUAAAACAAGUGUCGAGCAACAAUUAAUUGAAAACAGCAAAAAACAAGAGAGUAUGAUAGCUGAACUAAAAUUAUCAAUUGAAGAAAAAACCAAACUAAUUAAUGAAAAUAAUUCAAACAUUGAACAGUUAAAUAGUAUAAUUGCUCAGUGUAAAGAAGGGUAUAAUUCAGAGUUGAAAGAAAAAGAAGACAAAAUUAAUGAGCUUUUAAAAGUUGGGGAAGAGAAAUUAAUCAUUGAAAAGAAACAAAUAGAGGAACAAAAUAAAGUAAGGUUGGAUGAAAAAAAUGAAGAAAUUUCCAAUUUAAUGGAAAAACUUAAUAUUUUAGAGAACUCUAAAACAAGUGUCGAGCAACAAUUAAUAGAAACCAGCAAAAAACAAGAAAGUAUGAUAGCUGAACUAAAAUUAUCAAUUGAUGAAAAAACGAAACUAAUUAAUGAAAAUAAUUCGAACAUUGAACAGUUAAAUCGUAUAAUUGAUCAGUGUAAAGAAGGGUUUAAUUCACAGUUGAAAGAAAAAGAAGACAAAAUUAAUGAGCUUAUAAAAGUUGGGGAAGAGAAAUUAAUGGAUGAAAAAUUAUUAUUAGAAAAACAUGCUAUGCUCACAUUAGACGAAAAAAAUAAAGAAAUUUCCAAUUUAAUGGAAAAACUUAGUAUUUUGGAAAAUUCAAAGUCAAAUUUGGAGAAAAAGUUGGAAGUCAGCAAAACUCAAGAACAUGAUAUAAUAGAGUUGAAGAAAGCUGUCGAAGAAAAAACUAAAAUUAUAGAUGAUAAUAACUCUAAGGUUGAAGUAUUAAACAGUCUUAUUGUGCAAACUAAAGAAGAUUUUGGUAUGAAGCUCAAAGAAAAAGAAAAUGAAAUCAACAAGCUUGUAAAAACUCUAGAAGAUAAAUUAAACAUUGAAAAGAUGUCUUUUGACACACGUAUUAAAGCCCGUGUGGAUGAAAAAGAUACAGAAAUUCAAUUAUUGAAAACCCAAUUACAUGAGUUUGUAGAAAAUAAUAAAGAAAAAGAAUUGAUGUUGAAAUUAGAAUCCAUCACUAACGAACUAGAAAAAGAAAAAUUACGAGCGUCAAAUUUAGAAGCACUAAAACUUGAGCUGGAAAAAGCUGUGUUACAACAUAAAACUGAAUUGGAGUUAUUAAAUGUUUCUAAAAUGAAUAUGGAAGAAGAUAUGCUUAAAACUAUUGAAAAACAAAAAACUCUCAAUGUCGAAAAAAUAGCUAAAACUAAAACAGAAUCUGAACUAUUAGUUGGUGAAAAAUUAAAUAUCCAAAAACAAAUUGAUGAGUUACAAAUUGAGUGUUCUAAGCUACGAUCAACAUUAGAUGAAAAAAAUUGUGAAAUUGAAGAUCUAAAAAUGCAGAUAUCUCAAGAGUUAAAACCGGCUGUUUCUUGCAAUGAUGAAUUGAGUCAGUUACAAGCUUUACUUGAAAAAAGUCGUGGUGCCCAAUCUCAUUUGGAAUUCCGUAUUCAAGAGCUAACAGAUGAAAAUCAUCGUUUGAAUGAACGAAUUGAAAGUGAAAAUAAUCAACUUCAGAGAAAUGAUAACAUUAUGCAAGAAAAAUACAACAUUGAAAAAAAAUAUGAAGAAACUUAUAAUAUUUUAAAAAUUAAAGAAAAUCAAAUUUUAGUUUUGCAAACUGAGUUGAAUUCGUGGAAGUUAAAGGAUACAGAGAAAUCCAAGAAUAAUAGUGCUCAAGAAAAUAUAGAUAAAUCUGAAGCACAUUUAUUAGCAGAAAAAAGCCAAGAAAUUAAAAUGCUGAAUUCAAUAAUAUUAGGCUUACAUAAAAAGUUAUCUGCAGUUAUGGAAACUGAUGUUUCUGAAUAUGAAAUCGAGAAAAACCCCAAUAACAUUUCAAAAGAAGAUUAUCAAAAAUUAUACAAAACGGCAAAGAACAAUGUUAAACUGAAGGAAUGUGAAAAUCUAUCAUUAAAACAAGAGAUUAGCAAGCUAAAAACAGAAAAUGAUCGUUAUUCUGAAUUCAAAACUAAAUGUGAAAGUUUAGAAAACGAUAAAAAAACACUUCAAAAAAUAAUAGUUAGUUAUGACAAUUCUAAUCCAACAAGUGUUAAAAAUGAAAAAAGUGAUACUAAAUCUGAAACACAAAAAAUAUUAGAGGAAAAAGAUUGGCAAAUAAAUUUGUUAAACAAUAUUAUUGCCGAUCUUCAUGCUAAAGUGUCUGAUAAUAAAUUUAAAAUUGAAGCACUAGAAACACAAAUAUUAGACUCUGGAGUAGAUCAAAGCAAAAAAACACGUUUAAGAACUACACGUCUUUAUUGUGAAAGAUGUGAAAUAUUUGAUUCUCACGAUACUGAAGAUUGUCCUGAAAAACCAGAAUCUCCGAAAUUCCAAAGGAAACACAGAGUGGUUAACGAUAGUUCAAAUAAAAUGAUUGAUGAACCAUUUUGUGUAUGCUGUGAUAUGUUUGGACAUACAGCCAAUGAAUGUGACAACUCGUUAACAUUUUAGUUUGGUUUGAACCAUGUUGCGAAUUGCUUGGUAUCAAAAUAAUUGUUUAGAAAAUUUAUGUUAUUAUUAUUAUUUAAUUUUAGAAUUAUUACUCAGUAAGACUGAUUUUAAGUACACUUUUAAUUUAAUAAGUAUUCUAAGUGAGAAUUAUUUAUUUUUUGCCUGUUAUAGAAUUUAAAAUGUGAUAUUAAAUUUUAGGUAGUAAGUUAUACCAUUGAACUUUUAUUGUACAAUAUAAUUGAUGGUUAAGUAGUUUAUUCUUUUAUAAAUAUUUUUUUAUGUAUAUUAAUUAUUAAUUUAAAAACAGCUCAGUUAUAAAAAUAUUAAUAGAAGAAAUUAACAUUAUUAAAUACAAAUGUAAUACCCUCGCCUUAAUACUUUUUAACCUUAAAUUUGAUUUUGUGUUUUCAUUAAAGAACGUUAUUGAUAUUUCUAAGUUAAUUAUAAUCAUAUUGUAAUUCUAGUUAAUUUUAUGCAACCUAUAUUUAUUAUAUUUAUAUGUAAUUAUUAUUUAA